UCUGGCAGCUGUGUUUAUAUUUAUCAUAUGCCAACAACGUCAUGUGACAUCUAAUAAGAAAAAGCAAAGUUGAGUAAAAAUUUUUCAGUUUUAGUGGUCUGCUGUUUUUAUUUUUUUGCUCCAAUAUUUUUCCCAAAAAAAAUUAGCAAAACUUUGUUUUUUGAUUUUCCUUUGUUUAAUAAUUAACAAUAAAAUCCCAGCAAAAUGGUUGAAGCCUAUGUAGCACCCACAGUUAUUACCUGCAUUUGGGCAUUUAUUGGUAUUAUCUGUCCCUUCUUUGCCAGAGGUCCCAACAAGGGCAUAACCCAAUGUUGUUUGAUGUUGACAGCAGCUACCUGUUGGCUUUUCUGGCUUUGUUGUUACAUGACUCAAAUGAACCCCUUGAUUGGUCCCAAACUAUCCAUGAAUGAAAUUAUGAUCAUUGCUCGUGAAUGGGGUAAUGAAAUUAAGGAUACCAUCGACAUUACCUACUACUAAAACGUUACUACCUUUUUUGGGGAGAGGACCAGCUAAGCUCAUCCCAUCGUUAAAAUAGUUUUCACCAUUAAAGCUGUAUUAUUCAUUGUAUUCCGUUUUAUUUUGUUUGUUAUUGUUUGUUUUUUCGAAAAUUCCAUCAUGUGCCUUAAGUUUACACACAACUGAAAAGUGACCUUGAACAGAUCAAAAGCACAAAUCUAUUUGUAAUGAAGUAAUAGUGUUAUUUUUGCUAAAAAAAAGUUAAAUAUUUUAUGUAAAUUAUUGUUAAAAAGCACAAAUUUUUAUGUGCUCAAAAAAUAUGUUAAUAAAAUAUACAAAAUUUUAGUUUUUUUGUUGGAAA